UUUGUGUAGUGAGUGUUAUAAUUAGUAUUAAACGUGAUACACAAAAAUAUCUGUCGACUAACAAAGUUAUUAUUAAGCAGCAGUUUGUAGUGAAUCUCAGUAAAUAGUUACAAUAAAAAGUGAAAUAUGUUAAUAUCUAAAGAUAAAAUUUUAACGCAAUCACAACUGAGAAAGUUGGCAGAGCAUAAAUACAGCGUAGAAUCGUAUUCACUAUUUGAGCCUUACCUUCAGCCUUAUUGGAAUUGGCUCGUCUCAAAAGUGCCAUUGUGGUUGGCUCCAAAUCUAAUAACAAUAAUAGGCCUUCUCGUGAAUAUUUUAACAGCUUUGAUACUCAUGUAUUAUGACCCCGACGCAAAAGGAACACAUGAACCACCAAGGUGGACAUAUUUACUAUGUGCUGUUGGAAUAUUUGUUUAUCAAUCACUUGACGCAAUCGAUGGAAAACAAGCGAGAAGAACGGGAUCUGCGACGCCGAUGGGUGAACUUUUCGAUCAUGGAUGCGACAGCAUAUCAACUGUAUUCGUCGCUAUUUCAACUUGCGUUUCAGUACAAUUUGGAAACCACCCGAAGCUUAUGUUCAUAGAAGUUUUUUGCGUGUUCGCAUUAUUUUAUUGUGCACAUUGGCAAGCUUAUGUGAGUGGUACACUUCACUUUGGGAAGAUUGAUGUGACGGAAGCUCAGUAUGCGGUAAUAACUAUUCACGUUGUGACAUUCUUUGUGGGCCCUCAAGUGUGGUCGAAAAAGAUAUUUGGGAAGUUUGAGCCAUGGGUGUUUAUUAUUGGAAUGACGAUUAUCACCGGAUUCCUAGUCGUCAAUGACUUCCUCUCAACGAUUCAACGAGGUGGAAGCGGCAAAAAUGGUUCGACCGUUGCUGGCACAAGCAUAUUAUCACCAAUUUUGCCUUUCUUAUUCAUCAUCAUUCCAUCCUAUGUAAUCGCCAUCAAAUCAAAAUCGGGAAUUUACGAUUCACAUCCGACACUAUACAUGAUAACAUUCGGUAUUCUAUUUGCGAAAAUCACCAACAAGCUUGUCAUUGCGCAUUUGUCAAAGAGUCAAAUGGAUAUGAAAGAUUCGGGGAUGUUCGGCCCGACAAUCCUUUUCCUAAAUCAGUAUUUCAACGAUUUCAUUCCGGAGUAUUAUGCGCUUUGGCUUGCCCUAGCUUGGGUGACAUUUGAUUUGCUAUAUUACUGUUCACAUGUAUGCUUCGAGAUGUGCGACUUUAUGAAUAUUAAAUUGUUCACAAUUCCCUAUCCACCACCACCAUCAUCGAAGUCGUCUACAAAAAGCAACGUCAACAGUGCGACAAAAUGAAGCGAAUCUCGGAAUUGAAUCAAACACGGAAAUGAUUCUCAUUUCACUUAAAAAUUAAUUAAAUCAUUCAACUCGAUUCUUGCCUAUUUCUCAAAAAAUGACGAUUAUUUUUAUGACGUAACCAAAUAAUAGAAAAAGAAAUUAUCGGCUAUUGAAAAUCUAUAAUAAUUUUUAUUUAUAACUUUUUUUUUGGCUUUUGCACAUAUCUGUGCAAUAUCUGUCUGUAACGUGUCAAAUUUUAAUGAUAAAAUUUUAUUUAUAUCCUCGAAAUAGUAAAAUUAAAAUUUAUUGAUAUUUUACUGUCAACAUUUUAACUUUUAACCGUAUUGCAAAAAAAAAAGCAAACAAACAAUUGCUAUGAGAUAAAAUUGAAAAUCAACCGCAGUACAAGUUACCUACCAGUGUAUCGAAAUUAAAAUAAGUGAUGUGAGAAAAUGUACAUUUUGUGCAGCUUGCCUUAAACAUUUUAAGUUGAACACAAUGAAGAUUUAAUGCUAUUUAAAUGUUAUUGAUGAAAAAACUGUUUCAAGUUGAAUAAUCUCGAAGGAAAUUCAGCUUCAACUUAAUAAAUUAUUGGCAUGAAUAAUUUUCGAAUAUUUUAAUCGACCAAUGUUCACUUCUAUGUAUAAUUAAAAAAAGGAAUUUUAUGCCUUUAAUAUGAAAUUAAAAGAAAAUAUUUAUUUUUGCUUUAGGGAAGAAAAGUUAUCUUCAACUGACUCAUUUAGGGAACUUUUGGCAACGAAACUUUGUGCUUUUUAUUUUAUAAAAAGAGAAAACUUUAUUCAGAAUCUGUUUUACUUUUUGAUUCGUAAUAUUCAAAUAUUGAUUGAAAUUUCAAUGAAUUCCAAUUGGCAACAUGAAACUUAAUACUUUAGUCGUGCAUGCAUACAUAAAUUUAUAUAAAUAUUAAAUUAUUAAUUAAUUAAA